AUGUAUCGGAAUGCCAUUAUACCACAGACGGGCCCUGCAAUGCCGCCUCGGGUGCCUCCGCCUCGGCAGAGGCAUGGGGCACCAUCCGGACCGUGGCCUUUUCUAGAUAUCGACGACGAGGUCGAUCGAGUGCGCAUUGAAGAUCCCUACAGCCAUCUCCCUCUGUCAGCAGAAGCAUGCGCCCAUGCACAGACCCCCACGCAAGAAGUGUGCUGGUGCAAAUACCCCCAGUCUAUGUAUCCGAACUGGACGAAGCAACAGCAAAAGAAGAGUCGUAUUUCGAGGAUCAUCGAUAAGAGGCUAGAGACGUCUACAAUACACUAUCUGGAUGUUAUGGAGGACGGGAUGUUUACCAGCCGAGGAGAGAGGGAGGUUAGCCCGACCACCCAGGACAGACGCUGGCUUGCUAUCCAGAAAGGCCGGCCCUCGGGAGUACGCGUUCGUGUCCUCUUCGUUGACAAUCUGUCAGGGCCAGUGCUGCAAAUGCUCGGAACAAGAUACAACAUCGAACCUUUCUUCUUCUCCUCUACCAUCGGCUGGAUACCGGCACGAUAUCAAAGCCAUGUCAUUCCUAAGCAGUCAGAUCAUAUCACAAUUACUCUCAGUUUCAUUCGUUCCAUCCAGACCCCGACCACAGUCCCGCCCAGUCCCAACUUAAGUUAUGAAAGUGUCUUCAGUCGGGCAACAAACCGUGCCCCGGACCUCAUCAUCGACACACAGGCGCCUCUCCCCCUUCGAUCCAACGGUAUCCUCCUCCUUCCUGACCUACUGGCUUUGCAUAUGGUCCGUUCGGCCAAGGGAAAUACCAUCAUCUCCCUCCAUUCUGAGCCGGAGCAUCGUGGCACAACUGCUGAAUCCCUUCACCAACGAGUACAAUUUACUGGUCGAUCUGUAUAUUGGAGCAACAUAUUUAGAGACACCACCGACCCUACCUUUAUCUUCUUAAGCUUUCUUUGGUAUGCUCUCUAUGCAUGGGACGAAACUUUGGAACGGCUAUAUAGCCACAUAUGCUUCUUGGAAACGCAAGUUAUCGCUACUGAUGAUAUCCAGAUGACGCAUGAGCUGCAUGUUGUUCGUGCACACCUCUUGCACUACGAAUCUUUGUUGCAUGACUUCAAGAAAACUGUAACGUUUGUUAUGGACACCCCAAACCCGAGGAUGUUGGCUGGGUCGGAGGAGGACAAAGCGCGAAGCGCAGAAAUUAUGCAGAGGGAAUGCAAAACAUUGUUAACGGAGAUCAAUCGCCUCCAAGUCAGUCGCAACAUGCAGGAUAAGAGGUUGAAAAAUGUCAUGAACCUGGGAUUUAGUCGUGUUGCCAUCGAGGAUAGUCGAAGGAUGCAAAGACUGACCGAGGCAGCAGUGAAAGAUAGUGCAGCUCUGAAGCAGAUUUCGUACCUCACGAUGGCCUUUAUACCCGCUUCUUUUGUUGCUGCUGUCUUUGGGAUGAACGUCACUAUUAUCAACCCCGAAUCCUUCGCAACUCUGCCUCAAUACGUUGUGGCAGCCAUAUCUCUUACCCUUCUGACCAUUUGGAUAAUUGUCGCGUACCAGAUCCAGAUCAAGGCCCCUCCUCCCACCUCAGCAGACGCCGACGAGAAGGAUGGAGGAGAAAAGUCUGAACAAGCCUCUGAAUAUACAUAUCACGGAUUUGGCAAGUCCAGGGAAGAGACGACGGAGAGGUUUAUGAAGCUGGAUCUUUGGGGAAGACUGGGGUGGCCCGUCCUUUUGUUAUUCUCGUUCCUGGAGAGAAGGAAAUGGUUCAAGGAGAGGCGUGCGAGGCUGGGGGUUCAGAAGUGA